UGGAGAGGAGCAUGAAGAAGUUGAAAAAGGAAAUGGAAGAGAUAGGUGAGGAGCAGAAACAAAUAAGGGAGGGGCAGAGGCAAGUUAGGGAAAAAUUUGAGGCGAUGGAAGAAGAAUGCAAGCAGCUCCGGGAGGAAACUAGGCAGAUAACAAUGCAGAGGCAAAUCCUCAAGGCUAGGGAGAACAAUGAUCUUGUUAGAGCUACUGAACUUACUCGGUUUCUCCGUAGCUCUAACAAGAUCAUUGUUCACCCUAGCCUUGAGGAUCUGAAACGUGAGGGCGAACCGAAGUUGGGUGUUCUUGCUCUGCAUUGUUAUCUGCCUAGUUUCCUCCCGGAUCUGCUUGCAUUCUUCUUCCAUCGCCUCAAAUUUUCCCCUAACUUGCCUCUGCCCCUCCCUUAUUUGUUUCUGCUCCUCACCUAUGGGAAAGCUGCUGAUAAAUCUGUCACGUAAAGUCAACGUGGGACAACUGCCCACAAUCGGGGUGAGCCCCCACUCAAGGGUUUGUGUAAUACAAGAUUCUGUUCUAC